ACCGCGGCGCAGCUCUGACGUCGCGGAUCAAGAUGGCGGCGCUGAGUCGCGUCGUGCCGCUGUUGCUCCGUGCGCUGGCGGGGCCCGGCGGGGAGACCCCGGGGCGGCGCUGGGUGCGGGCGCUGAGGCGCAGCCCCGUGCGGGUGCUGCCCCCGCGGAAGGAGCGGGUUGAGGCGCAGCAGAAGCCCGUAGAGCACCAUCCGCCCCAACCGGCUGUGGAGCGGGGCUCGGCCGGGCCCGGGCUGUGGUACGAGAAGGCGUCGCCCGGUGACAAGAGCCUGGGAAAAGUGGUGACCAUCGCGAAAUCGCGGAGUUUCCGUGACCGCCACGGGAAGGUGCUGCUGGAGGGACACAGGCUGAUCCGGGACGCGCUGGAGGCGGGCGCCGUGCCCAGGGCUUUGUUCUUCAGCACCGCCCUGCACCUGAGGGAGCUGCCGCCAGCACCGCUGAAAGGAGCCCGGCUGGUCAGGGUGAGGUUCGAGGACAUCAAGUGCUGGUCCGACGUGGUCGCCCCACAGGGGAUGAAGAUCUGUCUUUGGCUUCUAGCAGCUCUGUCAAUGUGUCAAACGCAGCAUCAAUCGACAGCUCCCUUUCAUCGCACCUGCUGGAUCUUUUCCAAGCCUGACCAUACCAAGAUGUCCUACCCCACUGCCCAGCUGCCCAUAAUCCUCAUCUGUGACAACAUCCGGGAUCCAGGAAACCUGGGGACUAUUCUGAGAUCUGCAGCAGGAGCAGGCUGUGAAAAAGUGCUGCUCACCAAAGGCUGUGUGGAUCCAUGGGAGCCAAAGGUGCUUCGUGCAGGUAUGGGAGCUCACUUCCGUGUGCCCAUUGUUGCCAAUCUGGACUGGGAAUCUGUUCCCAGCAACCUUCCUUCUGGUGUGCGGGUCUGUGUGGCUGACAACAAAGACCAAGGCAUCCAGGCUGAGACAGAACCCACGUCCCAACGAGCUGGCAGGUCUGGCUCCCAUUCUGGCAACCCAAAGGCUCCUGUAAAAGCCAAACAUAAAGCUGCUCCCCCUGAAUAUGAGGAUGAGGAGGGAACAGAGGGCAUCUGCUCCUCGGAGCUUGCUGCACAGUGUUACUAUGAGAACUGGAUACAGUCCCCUGCGGCAGUUGUGGUUGGUGGAGAGACCCACGGCUUGAGCCCAGACGCGCUUCACCUUGCAGCCAGAACAGGUGGGAAGAGACUGGUCAUCCCUGUGGUGCCUGGUGUGGACAGUUUGAACUCUGCUGUAGCUGCUGCCAUAGUGCUGUUCGAAGGGAAGAGGCAGUUGCAGCAGAGGAGGCACAAGCAAGAAGAUGAAAGGCAGAAGUUUCCAUUAGUGGGAUAAACUGCUGAGACUUGGGUGCUGAAGCAUCACCCCUUUCCUUUGGCACUCCACAGGGAAAUUAAUUAAUAAAAGAGCAGCCUGGUCUGUUGUUUGCUAAGA